CUUAUCAAUACACCGAGCAAUACACCUUGAUUCGAGUAUUGAUACUUAAAUAAAAUACCUAGUGUGAAACAAGACAAAGUAGAUAUUUUGUCAUGAUGUGAAAGAAGUUUCUUGCAAUUUUGUAUAGAUAAUAUAUCAAUAAUUUAAAAUUAAUAUUUCCGGGCUUAAGUUUUAUUGAAUUAGGAGUGCUCCAAACCGAAUCAUAAGAAAUCGUUCAUUGAAUAAUUAUGAGGGAACGAGAACGUUAUAAAGAUAAAGGACAUGAUCGUAAUAAAGAUAAACAUCGUGAUCGUUCCACUAGUUUAACUAGAGCGCGUAGAGGUAGGUCUCGAAGCUCAUCACCAAGAACAAGGCGAGAACCACGUGAGCAUUCAAGAAGUCCACGGCGUGUUCGUUCUCGAAGUACUUCACCGAGGGCGAGACGUGAUGUGCGCAAAAGAAGUCGCUCUCGUCAGCGUCAUUCAAGAUCAAGAUCACCAGUAAGACGACAUUCAAGAGAGAGGCGUCGUUCUAGAAAUCGUGAUUUAAGAAGAUCAAGGUCAAAAACUCCACCAAAAAAAGACAAAAAAUACACAAGGUCUGUCCAACAUACUGCUCCUAAAGUUACAGAAGAAGAUCUGCGUGGAAAAACUGCUGAAGAACAAGAAAUGAUGAAAAUGAUGGGAUUUUGUAACUUUGACACAACUCAUGGUAAAGAGGUAGACGGCAAUAAUGUUGGUGAUGUUCAUGUUAUACUUAAACGUAAAUAUCGACAGUACAUGAACCGUAAAGGUGGAUUCAAUAGACCUCUAGAUUUUGUAGCUUAAGUAUAACAGUAUGUCUACUGUAUAUUUAAAUAAAAUAAUCAAUUGUAUAAUAUUUGACUAACGAUGAUAAUUUUACUUUUACUUUUAUUAGCACAAGUUCAAUUAUAUAUGUAAUAAAUUAUUCUGAUUAUAAUUUCUAUUAUAUCAUGCAAUAUGAAAUAAUUUUACUUUUAUAAAACAACGUUUACAAUAUUCCUACUAUGUAUAAUUAAUAAUUUAUUUUUGUGGAAAUAUUGAAUACCUAAAUUAAAUUUACUACAGUAGGUAAUAUUUUUUCUACAAUACGUUGUAUUUAUUUCUUCUUUGGGUUAAAAAAAAUAAAGGUUUUAACGUGUAUCGA